AUGGCGGCCGCGACGGCGACCGCUGCCGCACCGGCCGUGUUCGCCCCGGCGCUCGUCUCUCCCCUAUCGCGCCGCGCCUUCUUCCCGCUCCCCCGUCGCGCCGGCCAGCCCGCCAUCCCUCGGUCGCUGCGGCUCUUGGCGUCGGCGUCCCCGAGGAGAUGCGGGGUGGCCGUGAAUGCGGCGGCGGCAGGGGCCGCUGACUUCAGCGACGAUGAGAGCUCUUAUGAGGUAGACAUUCUGGGCAUUACCCCACUCGAUAGCUUCGACAACAUGAAGCUAGCAUACAAGAGGAAGCGCAAGGAAGCAGAGGAGACAGGAGAUGAGGACUUCUUGGCCAAGCUGGAGAAAGCGUAUGACACUGUGAUGAUGCAGCAGCUGCAGUAUAGGAAGAAGGGGGUCACAUAUGGAUCGGUUCAGGUAUCAAAGGAUAUCAAGUACGCUGACAAUCAACCAAUAGUUCCUUGGGGACCUAGACCCUCCAAAUCAGCAGUACAGGAUGUGCGCAUAAAUAUGGCAAUAUCAGCAGCAAUUGUUGUUUGCAUUGCUAUCAUCGGUAAUGCAGACUGGAAGCCUUUGCAGUUCUUGUGUUUUGCUUUCUUCUACAGAAUACUUCAGAAGCUGAGGGUUACUGAGCCACCAAUAACUCCAAUAUAUAAUGAGUAUGGUGAGGUUGAGGGAAGAGGGGUACGAAUGGCAAAACGUGUAUUCCGCGCUUUGGGUUUGAUAUUUGGAUGUGUAUUCGCUGCGUCCCUGGGUUAUACAAUAGCUCUUAACUUGGUUGAGUUAUCUUGGCAGCAGACUCCCCGUAUUGUUUAUUACUACCAGGAGUUGAUUGUUACAGCAGCUGCCUCUGUUCUGCUGUGCAUCACGGCUUCGUACUACCGGUAA